AUGACGGAGACUGGCAUCGCCAUUCCAACCUCAGGUGAGGUGUCGCCAUUUGCUCCAUUCAGCCUGGCGUCUACCUCAGAGAACUGCUCCAGCUCCAGUUCCAGCUCCGACUCCAACGCAUCCUCUAUACCCGAUAUGGCGCAGACUACGGACUUACCGAGUCCCGAUCGGAUGGAGUUCUCUCCAUAUCGACAAUCAGACGACGACUUCCUGCAAGGGCUGCCAGAUUUCAUCGGUUCGCAAUGUGGUACACCCAAGCAAACCGCCAAUUGCUAUUACCCAAUGUCUCCCGAUUUCCCCAUUGCUCCUGAGCUUCUCGACAUGGGAUUCUGCGGAGCGCCAUGGGAGCAGCAGCAACGAGAGCAUGAACAACACCAAUCCGAUCCUUCGACCAUGCUUCUCGCCGAAGGGUUACCAUACUUUGGUUUGCUGACCCCAGACGGCCAUCAUCCAUGCUAUCAUCCGGAUCAGCAAUAUGGAAACACGCCGAUGCCGACCACAAGUAGCAAAAACUUCGAUGGAUGCAGCUAUGUGAUUCCUUCACAACAACAAGUGCAUCCACAGUUUCCGCAACCCUCAGACGACGCCUCUCUUUCGCCCAAGUCAUGCAACUGCGUGCCAACCCUGCUUGACCACCUAUCUACGUCCUCGUAUUCGCCCUCCUCCUCACCAAUCGCCUCCACCUCAGCCGCGCUCUCUACCUCGAGAAUGCUCAUAACCUGCUGUUGCAACACCAUGGCGUGCCCGAACGCAUGUUCUACGCGUCCUUCGACUGCGCUUGUCAUCUGCGAAGCAAUUGACCGAGCACUGGUGUCGCUCAAACUGGGCGGCACUUCCCUCUGGACACCAUCGCUGGCGUCUACAUCAAGUUGCGACAGUGGCGCAUCUUCACCACCAUCUUCGUCAUUGUCAUCAUCAAGUACAACGGGUGGGACUUCAGUGAUAGACGAGGAGCACGAGCCGCUACGCUGCGGAACACUGCCGAUCAGGGGUGCCGACCGGCGGGCCGUAGUGCGGGUGCUACUAGUGAAGCGAGUGUUGGAGGCCCAGCGGGUCCUGGAACGCCUGCGGGAUGCCUUACUGUCGGGUUUACUAGUCGAUGGGGAGGCGACGGUGAAGAAUCCUCUUCUGGCACUGUGUGCGGAUGUUGCGGGGGAGUUUGCGACGAAAGUGGCGGAAAGGGUGGAGACUGUAAAGCUACAGAUGUAA